GAGAGAGAGAGAAUGAAUGAAAAGAUAGAGAGAAAAAGAUAAAGAAAAAUAUAUAGAGAUAGAAAGAGAGAGAGAAAGAGACAACCCAACCACCAAAACAACCACCCACACACAAAAAAAAAAUCACCACCCAACCACCGAAGCGAAUCCAAUCCCACUGAGAAGCGAAUCCAACCCUGUCUCAAGACGCUUCGAACCCCUUUCCGUGAACCCUUCCCUCCUCAGUCUCCGUGUGGUCAGUGUGGCGAGCAACAGGUGGUGGUCUCCGCGCGUACCUGGCGAGUGACUAAUUGAUUACCUUACCUGUCCAGUCCCAUCACACCUGGUCCCCGUCUUUACCUAGUGCUCCGAGUUGGCGUAUCCUCCUCCUCCUACUCCUCCUCCUCCUCCUCCUCCUCGUCUUCGUCGGAUCGCAGAACUCGUCUCUUCACUAAAAGCUCCUCGCGGCCCUCUCCGUGUUCCUGACCGUGGCUAUGGCUGCCCCGACGGCCCCUUCGUACGGCUACUCCCCCGCCCCGUCCUACAGGCCCGCCCCGUCUUAUAACGCCAUCCCGCAAUACGACUUCGACUACGCGAUCAAGGACUACAACGGCAACGACUUCGGCCACCAGGAGUCCCGCGACGGCUACGACACCAAGGGCUCCUACUACGUGCAGCUUCCCGACGGCCGCCGCCAGCACGUCCGCUACUACGUCAGCGGAGACUCCGGCUUCGUGGCAGAGGUCACCUACGAGGGCGUGGCGCAGUACCCGGCCACCUACGGACCCACCCCAACCUACGGACCCGCCCCAGUCCAAGCCUACAGCCCAGUGCCCGCAUACGGCUGAACCAAGACUGAUGUUCUCUAUUCUUGCUCGACCUCGAAGUCUCCUCACAUCGAUCUCGUGGAUGAUGCUUUAACGCUGCGCCUGUCCCGCUCUCCUCCGCAAGAGCUCUUCAGGAUCUCACCGCCGCUGUAUAUAAUGUUAUGCCUCGUGGGACUUUCGUCAAUAAAGAUGUUUACCGAUAC